AGAGGAUAAUGAAGCAGUGAUAUUUUUUUGGAAAAGAGAAUAAUUGUUUCUAAAAUAAUUUGAACACAAAAACGUUAAGCAUGGCUGGCCCGAUGGAAAGAAUUACGGUUCUCGACGAUAUUGAAAAAGAAAUUAUUACAUGUUUACAGUGUGCAGCACAAGCUCUUCUCGAACUAGGCAAAGAGAAAUCUAGUCAAAAGCAGGCAGAGUCCAACACAUCUCAAUUUCUUAGGACCCUAAGCCAGGUUGAGAGCAAGUUAAGUGAUCAGAUCAACUAUCUGACGCAAGUGUCCACCGGUCAGCCGCACGAGGGCUCGGGUUACGCGUCACAGAAAGUACUGCAGAUGGCGUGGCACCGGCUGGAGCAUGUGCGCUCCUGGGUCAACGAACUGGACCGUCUGAAGGCUUCACAUUUAGCGGCCAGCAGUAGGAGUGUAACUAGCAACGUCCCCAAUGGAAAUAUGACUAACUCUGGAACAAGCACAUGAUUACAGUGUUACAACAUUUUUCAGUAAAUCAUCCAUCUGUACCUAAAAUCCUGGAGAAUUAUACAUACAGUGGAUUGAUACAUUGUCAGUGAAAGGACUAUGUAACAUAAAAUAUAUUAUUAAACAUUGACUUGUGUAAACACUAAUCAUAUUGAUAGUAGUAUAGCAAUAAAGGUUGGAAAGCAUGUGCUAUUAACAUGUUCAGUUGAGCCACAGAAUAAAUAAUAGUACUACCGUACAGAAGGGAAACUUCCUGCAAAACUGAAGUUUGACAGCGGUUCAGGGACGAAUCAUGCUGUCCCUUUCUAAUAUAUGGCACUACCCAUAUAAACCAAUCCAAGAUAGUGAAAAUGCAGCCAGUAUAGUGAAAUAAUAAUGUACCCCGUUUUCAAGAUUUGUUUAGGUCUAGGUUUCGUAUUGUACCAUAUGUAUCUUACUGUACUUCAGUAAUAAAUUAGAGCUAAUAAUGGUGUGUAGUUAAAAAUAUUUAGCCUCCUAAGGCCCAAGGUCCUACCAUAGUACAUCUUCAUUUCGAUGAAAUUGCGCUUGUUAAGGUAACAGAAGACAUUAGGCGGGGCAUGGAGAAUCAAAUGGUCACGGUCCUUAUUCUUAUUGACUUCUCUAACGCAUUUAAUACCGUUGACCAUGACAUUCUCCUUGCCUUGCUCAAACAUAUCAGUGUCUCUGAAACAGCCCUUAACUGGAUUGCUGCCUACUUGCGGGGGCGCCAGCAGGCAGUUCGAGUCAACCGGACUUUGUCUGACUGGUGUGAUCUGGCAACUGGCGUGCCUCAAGGAGGUAUCUUAUCUCCACUUCUUUUUUCCACUUUUAUCAAUUUUAUUACACCUGACCUUCGCUCUUCCUACCAUCUGUAUGCUGACGACUUGCAACUCUACGAUCAGUGCUCCGUGACUGACCUCCCAACUUGCAUUGGUAAACUUAACCUGGACCUUUUGCAUAUCCAGCAGUGGUCUGAGAGGUUUGGCCUCUUUGUAAAUCCGUCAAAGUGUCAGGCUAUUGUUAUAGGUAGUUCCAGACAGCUUGCAAAACUAGACUUGGACGCACUUGCACCUGUAAGCUUUAACGGCUCCCCAAUAAGAUUUAGUCAGAGCGUUAAAGACUUGGGUGUUCUUUUUGACAAUACCCUGAGUUGGAGGGCACAGGUUACUGAAAUCAGCCGUAAGGUCAUGGGCUCACUUCAUUCUCUCAACAAACUGAAACACUUUUUACCGAUCAAAACUAAAGUUGCAUUAAUGAACACCCUUAUACUGCCCAUUAUUGAUUAUGGUGAUGUUUGUUAUCCGGACUUAAACGAAGAGCUUCUCGACAAAUUGGAUCGCCUGAUGAAUAACUGCAUUCGCUUCAUUUUUUGCCUCCGCAAAUAUGAUCACAUUUCUUCCUUUCGCUCUCAGCUUGGCUGGCUUCCAAUUCGACAACGUCGCAAUAUUCGCUUGCUUUCCACUCUCUUUUCUGUGCUUAACGAUCCACACUCUCCUGAGUACCUCAAAUCCUUAUUUCAAUACUACGGCAUUUCUCGCGACCGCCAACUUCGCU